AUGACUGAAAGGAAAGGUUAUGCUGGAAAUGGGCUUGUUCAUGUUAAAAACCCUUAUUUGGAGUCAAUGGACGAAGAUGUUCUUUAUCACUUCAGUUUAGGAACUAAAACACACAACCUACCAGUGAUGUUCGGUGACAUAAAGUUUAUCUGCGUUGGUGGCAGCCCUAACAGAAUGAAAGCUUUUGCUCAGCUCAUGCACAAAGAACUUGGACUUGAAGGAGAUGGGAAAGACUUGAAAGAUAUUUGUGCUGGGACAGAUCGGUAUUCUAUGUACAAGGCUGGACCAGUGCUCUCCAUCACUCAUGGGAUGGGUGUUCCUUCCAUUUCUAUUAUGCUUCAUGAGCUAAUCAAGUUACUACACCAUGCAAAAUGCCGUGAUGUUACUAUUAUACGCAUCGGUACUCCUGGGGGCUUAGGCAUUGACCCUGGAACUGUUGUAAUAACAGACAUCGCAGUGGAUUCAUUUUUUAAGGCUCAGUUUCAGCAGGUGAUACUGGAUAAUAUAGUUAUACGAAGCACUGAACUUGAUAAGGACCUUGUUGAGGAGCUACUGAACUGCAGCAAAGAGAUUCAUGACUUUCCAACGCUUACUGGGCAUACUAUGUGCACCUAUGAUUUUUAUGAAGGUCAAGGACGAUUAGAUGGAGCAUUGUGUUCUUUUUCCAAUGAAAAGAAGUUAGAGUACUUAAAGAGAGCUUAUGAUGCUGGUGUUAGAAAUAUUGAAAUGGAGUCAACUGUAUUUGCUGCUAUAUGUAGACUUUGUGGUCUAAAAGCUGCUGUUGUCUGUGUGGCACUCCUUAACCGACUUGAAGGUGACCAGAUUAAGGCACCCCAUGAAGUUCUAGUAGAAUAUCAGCGACGUCCUCAGCAUCUGAUCUCAAUUUUUAUCAAAAAGCGUCUUGGGUUAUAUAACCAAAUGGAAUUACUAGACAAUGCAUUUUUCCUGAAUAACUAA